GUAUAGGAGGUCUCCGUCAGAUCCUUAAAAAAAAGAGGUCUCCGUCAGACGAGCCGCGCCCCCCAUAGAAAUCUCGCCGCCCCUCCCCUCCUCCUCCUCCUCCGCCGCCGCCGCCGCCGUCUUCUGUCUGCCCCAUUCAUCCUGCUAGGCACAUCAGGGCUUCCAGAAUUGAUUCGCGUUCGGUGGGUCUUAGCUAGAGGUAAAAUUUGGAAUUGGAGGCAUACGGGAUCUGAUUCCGCUGCUGCAGUCAGGAUACUCGACUAGUGCCUCGCCCGGUUAAUUUGGCGAGGACGAUGAAUCGUGAGUUCGCCAACGUCAUAGUGCGCGGAUCAACCUCAAGCAGUAAAUUUUACUCGCUGCUCCGGGUCAACCUCAAGCAGCACCUCUUCCACCGCUCAGCAGCAGCAGCAGAAAAGGCGAGGCCAUCGACGAUCCCGAGCUUGGAGCCUCUGCCCGAGCACAAGAUCAACUUCUCGACGCCGCCAAACACGGAGGGCACAACGGACUUGCACUUCUUCUCCCUGCUGAAAGGGCAGGCAGAGGGCCGUGUCAUGUUCGCCGACCCUUGCGCCAAUCCCGUGAUGUACGACAUUGACAUGGACGCCGUCGUUGCCAUGCCGGAGACUAACUUCUGCAAACAGAGGGACUCAAUCUCCUUGUCCAUGACCAGGCCUGGGAGCCAAGACGACGAGCAGCACUAUGUCUUGAGCAAAGAACCGGAGAAUGUCUUGUUUGAGGUCUUGGAGUACGAGAGGAACGGCUCCGCCAGGGGUCCAUCCGCUGGGACUCAACGGAGGUGGCACUGGCAACAUCUGCCCUCGCCGCCGAUGCGUGGACCCUACCUGCAUGACCUCCACAUGAGAGCGGUCUUCCACCCCUCCGCGGCGGCGGUGGUCGAUGAGACGACUUUGUGUGUGUCGUCUGUGGAAGCCGGAGCCUAUGCCUUUGACACGGUGGAAGGUGAGUGGAGGCAGGCUGGAAGCUGGGCGCUGCCCUUCCAUGGCGCGGCCAAGUACGUCCCUGAACUCGGCCUCUGGUUUGGCUUCAAUGCUACCAUUGGCAACACCCACCACUGCCUGGGUGCCUUCGACCUGUCUUCCUGGCCGCCGGUGGAGCACCGCAGCUGGAACUAUCUCGAUCCGCUGCCCGACGAGUGGUCGACAUGGCAGAGGCACCUACUGAACCUUGGCUCAGGCAAGUUCUGCAUCGCCACCAGCUUUCAAAAUAUCGAGUGCCGCACACCAUGUAAUUCAGCAGGCUACCCUUUACACGGGCUAGAUGAUGAGAUGGUGGUCAAUGACCUUACCAUCUUGACAGGCGUCGAGGUUGUGCGCUGUGGCGACGGGCUCAAGAUGAUCAACCACAAGUCUAAACGCCUUGAAGGCAUUGAAAUCCACUGCGUGCUCUGACCCAAAACUCGUCUGUUUCUUCGGGACUAGAUGUGUGUGGGGUUCAUUUCUUCUCGGAUCGUAAUGAAAUUAUAUGCUAUGGCCAUGAACAAAACUUUGCAGGAUGCGCAUCUGUCCUCGUAUAUAAGAUUCUCUAUUCAGAUCUUAAAUGACUGAAUCAAAAUUAUCGAAAUUUUUUUUGCCUGUGCGCAGCUGGCAUUUUACUCAUUUAUUGUGAAUUUUGGGCCCUUGUGCUCACUGAUAGAUAUAUAAACUGAAGCCGGGGGUUUGAGCA